GAACAAACAAACCGUGGUAGUCAGUCAUGUCAUUUGUGUGGAUGUAGACACGACACAUGUAUGUGUCUGCAUCACACGUACGUGUCUCGUACCCGUCUCGAUCGACUCGUGAGUGAAAUGCGUGGAGUCAGCGGUACUCCCGAGUUAUGCUAUCACACAUCUGUCUGUCUGUCAGUUGGGCGGCCACAAAUACGUACGUGUCACAAGAUGGGCUACACCACACACACAACACAGCUCAACGGCUGUCUGUCUGUCGAUGUGUAUGCGAUAUGAUAGAUAUCUAGAAGAGCACAAGCAGGUAGUAGAAAAGUGCGAUGGAUGCGACCCAACUACAGACAUACAUCACAUACCGACCUACACAGAACAGACAGCACAUGCCCCUCCCGGCCCUACUACCCGUCCCUCCCAUCAAUCACCCACGUGCACUAUAGUGCUCUGAUGAAAGCAGAAGUACACAAAGAGGCACACAGCACACAUGGCACUCGCUCUUCUGAGCGUCAGUCACCAUCCAUCCAUAGGACGACCGAUAGAUACACACCAGACAGCAGCCAGUCGUACGCAGCAAAAGCAAGCACUUAGACGUCGCAGCACAGCGCAUCGCAUCGCUCAUCGCUCUCCAGACAAACAGAAGAGAGUUCCAGAAAAUUCGCAGCCACCCACCCAGCCACCCAGGUCGCUCACCAGUGAGCCUCCCUGGUGGCUCCCUCCCUCCCUUACACGACCAUGAGGCGGACGGGGCAAGUCUUGCUUACAUGCUUGUCGCCCUUGGAGAACUUGAAGUGCACAGGCACCGACACUUCCUGCACACACACAUACACACACACACACACACGUGGGUGCCAUGGAUCGACCACAGUAGUGGGCGUGUGGUGGGGGGUGUGGUGUGCGCCUUUUUGAGAGGUUUUGCUUCUGGGACGGAUAUGAGUAUGAGGGACUGGGUGCCGAUGUUCUUCUUGAGCGCCAGGCCCAUGUUCUUCGUCUUGGGGCCGUACAUCUUGUUGAACGACGCGGGCACGCUCACACCGACAGCCUUCCAGCCCCCACUGCCGCCCUCCACACGUGCAAAGGCCCUGAACACACAGAGAGAAACACCACACCACAGCACAGCACAGAGAGCCGUUGACACAUCAUACCCGCCAUUGAGCACAGUAAGCAAGUCUUCCCUCCGGUGCUACGUACGUGAUGGGCUUGCUUGUGUCCUCUCCGGGGCUGCCGUUGAGCUGUUGGUCCAUGCACUUGACGCUGAACUCAUCGCCUGUGGGUGCCGCCGUGGUGGUGUUUGUGGGCGGGGUCACACAUGUCGCCUGGACGGGGCAGGUCCUCUCGAACGGCACCGGGUCGUCACCUGUGGCGAAGUUGACGUCGAAAUUGAUGAAGUACGUCACCUCAGCUGUCACAGGCUGUGAGCAGCCAAGCACACGCACAAGCAGACACCACACACACACACACACACGCACACGAGCAAGAUGGCUGGGUGGCAUGUCCUCUUGACUUUCAUUGCGUUCGUGUGCGUCCGUACCUCGUCGACGAUGGGUGACUCUUCGCAUCUGAGCUGCAGCUCCUGUGUGUUGAUGAGCCCGUCCAGACGGAUACCCCGUUCGCCUCGUCGUCAAAAGGAGGGGAGACCGUCACGUUGGUCACCGCCUCGCCCAACAACUCCGGACCGCCCGGGAGCCCCUCGGCAAAAGUCAGGAACUCGCUGCGUGUCACCACACACACAGAGCCGACAGACAGUGCAAUGCAGUCAAGGCGAGAGAUACGAAAGGCAGGAGCAGCCAGUGGUGCGCCUUACCUGAGAGGGAGGGUGGCGACUUCACCCACGAACGCCCUGAUUGGGGUGGCGAGGCACUCGGCCGUCUGCUUGGGCUGCUGGCGGUGGCUGCCCUUGCCCUUGCCCUUCUUGAGGGUCUCCUGCGGCUUGGCCGCCGCCACAGCUAGUGAAACCACCACGACAACCAAGACGAACCGCACCAUCAUGUGUAAGAAAGGAGAGGAAAACGACGGGAGAAACAGGCUGGGCGAGGGCAACAAUCUCCGUCUUGCUUGCCGUCAAGA